UCCGCUUCUGCCUCUCUCUGCGUCGCGAUGCUCCCAGCCGACGCGUCCUACUUCAGCUUCUUCGCCAACCCCGACCCGACGACACGCCAAGGCGCGCCUUCGAGCAGCAGCACCGCGUCGUUCUACUCGCCGGCGUUGAUCUCGCCCGUCCUCGGCGCGUUCCGCCGCGACUCGUCCGACUCGUCCUGGUCGGGCAGCACCUCGACGACGCCCUCGUCGAUCGCCUCGUGCAGCAGCGCCUUUGCGCCCAUCGGCACCAGCACGAGUGCGAGUGCGGGCGCCGGCACGGGCUCGAGCGCGCUCGUCGACGCGUUGCUCAAGGAGCGUCGCGAGGCGGACGUCGCGCUCGCGGCGUGGCGGGUCCGGUGCGAGACGCUCGAGGAGGAGGUGGGGCGGUUGGCGGUUGCGCUCGACCGGGUCGAGAGGGAGCGUGACGAGGCGAGGACGAGAGGCGGAGCUGAGCUGCUCGAAGGACGGGUCCAGAUUGUCGCCUCGCUCAGCCAGGCACGCCGCCUCCUUCACCUCCCGCGCCCGCCGCACGCUCGCCCAGCCCCGAUUAUCAACCCCGACGUGCCGAUGAGCAAGCAGCUCGUCCCGCCGUGCAACGCCCACUACCUCAAAGGCCUGUGCGACGUCCCUCGCUGCCGGUACGAGCACCGGUACGAGCUGUCGCCCGAGCAGGUCGACGAGAUGCGUCGUGGCGCCAAGCAUCACGUCUGCAACGCGAUCAAGCACGGCUUGCAGUGCCCCGACGGCGACGACUGCAUCUUUGGCCACUUUUGCCCUCGCGGUCCGUCGUGCGGGCGCGAGCGGUGCGGGUUCUCGUCCGAGCAGCACCUCUUUGUGCCGCCGUGCCGCCUCGGUCCGUGCGGCCGGUGACGCUCUCUCUCUCUCCCUCGUCCUCCCUCUUCGCGACCUCGUCUUUACCGUGCCGCGCCCAUUCCAUAUCAUUACCCUGCCUCGUAGCAACGACUACAAUGCCUUGACGUCCUUCAG